AUGGCUCCACUUAGGUUUAGUUUUGACACUUUCCCAGAAACACCCUGGAUGGGAUAUUUCAACUACUUGUACUCAUUGUUUAUCAACUAUUGCAACCAGUUCUGUGCUUUUUAUGUUAUUUUGUUAUCACAUUGGUUUACUCGUCUAGUGGUGAUGAAUCACCAAGUUUGGUCACUGAUUAGGAAAGAUGGUUCCUUGGAAGACUUUCAUCUUGCUAGUAAUGUGUUGGUGAUCUCUACAAGCUUGAUCUUGGUUUACUUGUGGUGCACGUCCAGUGACAAAGUUAUCAACGCAUAUUAUACAAUCAUGGCUGUUUCGUUGGUUCAUUUCGGUGUUGAUUUAUUGAUACAGUUGAGACAGCCGUUAUUGAAAAGGACAACAAGGUCAUUGGUUAGGCUCGUUUCCAAUCCUCGAUUCAGAAUGGAAGAGAAGCCAAUUCUUUCAUUUUUGAAAAAAGACCAUACAGGAAUGUUUGUGUUUACCUGUGUAAUGAUUGAUUCAAAGGUCAACUACUGCAAGGCAGGUUUGCUAUUUUACUAUGCUGUAUUAAAAUUAGUGGAAACAUAUAGCUCCAGAAAGCACCCCUUGGUAAAUGUAGCAUAUUUUGGGCUAGGGAUUUUGGAAAAUGUGAUUCUUGUGGUGUUCUGGUAUGAAUCUUGUAAAAUGCUCCAAUUCAACAAGGCAAUCUGUUAUACAUUGAUGUACUUGUUGCGGCUUGAAGAAUCAGGGUCAACAAACAAAUCAGUCAAGGGAUUGAUGGCCGUAGUAAAGUUUUGUUACAGAAGAUUCAACCACAUUGAAGUGAACAAGCCACAAACUUCUGAGAUUAGAUCCCUGUCAUUACAGUUCGAUUGCUACAGCAUCAUCAGUGACGCAAAAUAA